UGCGUUGGCAACGCCACAAGUAUGUCAAUUUCAAUUGUGUUGACGCACUGCCAGCUGAGUGCAUUUCAUUUCUGCACGUGUUUCAAAACAAACGUCUUUAACAAACUGCGCAUAAAAAUUCACGUUGGCAUUAUUAAGUGAAGGCAGCAGCGUCGUCGCCAAAUACUAAAUACUUACUUUUGUUUUAGUUCGUUUUCUAUUUAAAAUAUACAUAAACCACAGCAUGGAGUACAUAGAGCCUUCUACACUGCCUAGCAAAACCAGCAUGAUCUUGUGUUGUGAAUGUGGCGUGCCCAUCGAGCCAAAUCCUUCAAAUAUGUGUGUAACAUGUCUGCGCAAUCAUGUAGACAUCACAGAGAACAUACCGAAACAGGCUGUAUUGCAUUUCUGUCGCAACUGUGAGCGCUACUUGCAGCCGCCCGGUGAGUGGGUAUCCGCAGCGCUGGAGUCGCGCGAAUUGCUGGCUUUGUGUUUGAAAAAGUUGAAAGGCUUAAAAGCAGUCAAGCUGGUGGAUGCCGGUUUCGUCUGGACGGAGCCACAUUCCAAACGCAUAAAAGUCAAAUUGACGGUGCAUGGCGAAAUUAAUGGUGGCACCGUAUUGCAACAAGUGUUCAUCGUGGAAUUCACAGUGCAGAAUCAAAUGUGUGAUGAUUGUCAUCGUACCGAGGCGAAAGAUUUCUGGCAUUGCUUAGUGCAGGUGCGACAACGUGCUGAGAACAAGAAGACCUUCUACUAUUUGGAGCAGCUUAUUUUGAAGCACAAAGCGCAUGAAAACACGUUGGGCAUUAAGCCAUUGCACGGUGGUUUGGAUUUCUAUUAUGCGAAUUUCAAUCACGCCAAGAAAAUGGUUGACUUCUUGCAGUAUAUGGUGCCGGUUAAGGUGACCACGUCCAAACGUUUGAUUUCGCAUGAUAUACACAGCAACAAUUUCAACUACAAAUACACAUGGUCGGUGGAAAUAGCGCCCUUAUCGAAGGACAGUGCAGUUUGUUUGUCCAAGAAGUUGCGUCAACAGCUGGGUAAUCUUUCGCCCGUUUGCUUGGUGUAUAAAGUGGCCACCGGUAUACAUUUAAUUGAUCCAAUGACGGCGCAAAUAUCCGAGUUGCCGGGACAGAUGUACUUCCGCAAUCCAUUCGAGGCGCUGUGUGAUCCGAAGCAAUUGGUCGAAUAUGUUGUUAUGGAUAUCGAACCGAUCAUGGAGAAGGAUCGCAAACAUGCACCGGGCACUGGACACGUAUCUUUUCGCCACGUUUUAUGCGACAUUUGGGUGGUGCGCUCUUCCGAGUUGGGCAUCAAUGAGAAUACGAUACACACACGUUCACAUCUUGGUCACUUGCUGAAGGUAGGCGAUUCGGUAAUGGGCUACAAUUUGGGUGAGGCGAAUUUAAACAAUACCGAAUUUGAGAAUUUAUCUUCGGCGCAAAUUCCCGAUGUGUUGCUGGUGCGCAAGUGUUAUGCCGAUCGUCAAACACGUAACAAUAGUCGUAAUUGGAAGUUGCGCCAUUUGGCCGAUGAAGCAACGGAUGAGCGCAGCAAGCAUGACUUCCAUGAAUUCCUUGAAGAUUUAGAAGAGGACGUCGAUUACCGUCGACAGAUUAACAUUUAUCGUGAUCCUAAAAAAGAACUGCCAGUCGAUAGCAAUGAUAAGCAAGCGGCAAACGAUAGUGUGCCACACAUUACGCUGGCGGAAAUGUUGGAAGAUUUAGCGUUGGACUGUGCGGAUGAUGCCAUGGGUGAAGAUAAUGCUGAUGAUGUUGCUGGUGGCGAAGAACUUUGAAGAAUUGUUAUAUGUUUAAAAUUGAAUUUUAUCGAGCAACUAAUAAAGAAAAUUAUAUCGUGAA